CUCCGGGGCUGGCCACGGAUCUCUUCCUCUCCCUGCCUCCCUCCCUCGCUCCCUCGCUCCUAGCUGCCCCCUUUUUCCUCUUUGUCUGUUUCCCGAGCUCCUUCUCUCUCCCCCUCCUCUUACUCGCUGUUCCGCGCCGACUGCCCUGCCUCAGGUGCAAGAUGCUAAGCUCAUGGACUUUGGGUUGGGUGCUGGCGCUUGCUGUGGUGCUUGUGGGUGCUGGUAGCUGGUCUCGGCGCCAGGGAUACUUCUGUGUCUUUCCCGCCCGGGCUGGGUCGCCGCACUGGCAUCACCGAUGUGUGCCGAGCGACCGAUCUGAUCCCGGUGGCCCGCGGACCAUCAACCUGCCGACCGGCAACCGGCGAGUUAUCAACAUCCUCUCCCGCAGCAGCGAGACAGCCUUGCGCUUGCGUCGGCGGGUGGCCGACCGCCAGGCCGCUGCACCUCCCGACACCGGGCGAGUCCUCCCCUUGGCCCUGCUGGUGGUGGCCCAUCCGGAUGAUGAGUGCAUGUUCUUUGCCCCGACAUUGCUGAACCUCCUUCCGGCCUUCGAGAUGGCCAUCCUCUGCCUGUCAUCCGGCAACGCGGAUGGACUUGGCCCAACGCGUACCCGGGAAAUGCUCCAAGCCUGCGAGCGUCUGGGUGUCGCAGCCGAGUUGGUUCAUGUACUGGAUGUCCCAGCUCUGCAAGAUGGCCAACUGGUCGACUGGCAGCCGGCCGAUGUGCUGCAGGCCAUUGACACCUUCGCCGCCACGCGCGACAUCGAUCUGAUCAUCACCUUCGACGAGCAUGGCAUUAGCGGGCACCGGAACCACGCGGCCAUCCCCCAAGCACUGUUGGCUGCACGGCGUGGCGAGGUGUCCCACUCGGGGCGAGUCACCCACACGCCGGUCCUUCUGCUGGCCAGCCCGUCGCUCUUGGCCAAGUACCUGCCGCCAGCGCUGUCAUCGUGGCUGCCGCCUCCCCGGCCUGCUCUCCCAUCGGCCGGGGCUCUGUCCUGCCUUCCAGCCGGGCCCUUCCGCUUUGAACUUACCUGCGUCGGCGAGGCAACCGCCCAAGCGGCCAUGCGCAUGCAUGCAUCCCAGUGGAACUGGUUCCGGCGCUGGCUGUACUGGCCGCACUCGAGCCUGGUCUAUCUCAACGACAUGUACCUCCUUGAAUGAAAGGGGCCUUUAUCUCUUCCCCCCCCCUCCCUCUCCCUCUCCCUCUCC